UUGCAAGCAUAGUACAAAUGUGAACCAUCGAUGACCAGUACAACUAUAUGUCAAGCACUGCAUGCGAAGGUGCGGAGAGAGACCUACUUCUCCUUAACCUACAACUAACUCUUCAAUCGUCUGACUUCUGUCUGGAUACUUGAAAUCCAUUCAGAGACUUAAAAAUCCAAGACAGAAUCUAGCUGACUGUGUUUAAGGUACUUUUUGGCGCGCAACUAUUAAAUGAACAUGAAUAACAGCACAUGCAUGAAUGAAUACCAGUGGGGGUCGGGUUCAUUCCGGUUUCUGGUGUCAGCUAUCGUGUACGGAUUAGUGCUGGCCGUGGGUCUGCCGCUGAAUGCGGUGUCCCUGUGGAUCCUGUUGCGCCAGCAUGGUCUCCGGUCACCGGGCGCCGUGCUCAUGAUCAACCUAGCCGCAUCGGACCUGCUGCUUGCGCUCUCCCUGCCGCUGCGCGUCUACUUUUACGCAACGCUCCAGUGGCCGUUCGGAGCGAGCGCAUGUACCGCUGCAAUCUUCCUGUUUAGGAUCAACAUCAGGAUGAGCUGCAUUUUCAUCACUAUAAUCAGCGUGGACCGGCUGCUCGCCCUGGUCUUCCCUUUGCGCUCUCGGUCUCUGCGCACCUCCGCGUUUGCCUGCAAGUGCUGCUUGCUCGUGUGGAUCCUCACUACCAUCCUAUGCAUCCCGGAGGGUAUAGAUCUCCACAGAGCACUGAAAUCGUGCCAUUACAUGUCAUGUUUCGAGUUCCAAGUGAUCAUCAAGGGCGCAAGGACCACCACGCUCGGACACGCGAUAUUUUUGUUGAUGCUCCUGAUGGUCAAUAUCGUCUCCACGGUCAUGGUGAUAGUUGUGCUGAGGAAGCGUCCCGUUGGAGACGGGACAAAAGUGAACAACAAAAUGAGCGUGGUGCUUAUAUUUGUCGUUAACAUGUUGGUUUUUAUUGUUUUUUUCCUGCCUUUUACCCUACGAAUCUUGACGUUUGACGCGAAAUAUGACGGUGAGGUUUUACGCGCGCUCAUCUGCCUGGCGAGUGUCAAUUGCUGUCUUGAUCCACUUAUCUACUAUUUCUCCCUGGACUCAUUUUGGCAGGUCAAAGGCAAAACCCAAACGGAAGCGGUCUUUUAUUCUCUCAGCAGGUCACAGGAAAGGUUGUGACUGUUCUCAAAAAGUUGGGGCACUCAAUGGAGGCCACACUUCACAUUAAUGGCACUGAAUUAGAUAACAAAAUUUCAAACCAAUGUAGUAUUUAUUUGAGUGAAAGAUAGCACAAGAACAAUUUAUUUUUCAAACGAAACAUUUAACUAAAACAAUAUAUACUAGAUAUACUGUACUGUUCAAAAUGAAGGCAAACAUAAUUGGGACACUUUCUGGUUGUCAAACUUUGGCUAAUCUACUAGGACACCUGCGUGAACAUAAGGUCCUUGGGAAAUUUGAAUAUAUUUUGUGUUAACAGAUGUCACUUGGAUUGGUAUUUUGUUAUCAAAUGGAAUAAAAUUCAAACAUUUAUGAAUGUUAGUAUAUUAUUUGUGAAUAUACUAGCUUACCCUGCUGUUGGACCUCUGAGUCAUGUGAUUUGUUAAUAUCUAAUUAUCACAAACUAAUGAAUUACUGCAGGGUUCUCAUGGUCAUGGAAAACCUGGAAAUAUUAGGUACUUUUAAAAUGGUGGUUUUCAGGCCUGGAAAAGUCAUGGAAUUAAUAAACUCUCAAAAGUCAUGGGGAAAAAAUGGUAAGUGUCUGCACACUGAUUUAUUGCUCCAAAUUACAUUGUUGGCUUACACUUGCUUGCAGCAUUUCUACCAUUAAGUCUUCGUCAAGCAAAACCACAUGCAAAAUGAACGACAGUUAUAUAGGCACAUGGUUGAAAUAUAUUUGGAGCAAUAAAUCAGUAUGGUGACAGUGGACACUUACCAUUUUUUCCCUUGUUGACUGCAUUUGUCUUGCACUUGUGCCCAACUCAGGUUGAAUGUUAAUUUUUCUUUAAUUUCACUGCUCUAAAAAAUUGUAUGAGCUAGAUGUUGCACUUGUGUAUAGAGUAAAACUUCCACAUAAGCCAUAGUGAUGUCUGAUUUGUAGUGAAUCAUUCUUUUGAGCCAUUUCCUUUUAAUUAACUAUUUGAAACGGUUCACAAAUUGGUCUAAAUGAUUAAUUUACAGUCUGUCUGAAUCUAAAUGUCUUUUUAUCACCAAUUCCUGGAAAGGCCAUGGAAAUUACAGCUUGGGAACUCUGGUACUAAAAAAGUACCAUGGUACUAACAUGAUUUUUUAGAGUACCUUGGAGUACCAUGUAAAGGAAAUAUAAUGGUACAUGAAAAAUUAUAAUCAUUCAGUACUGUAGUAUUUUAAAGUACCAUGGUGUUACCAUCUGAUGCCGUUACUAUAUAAUGGUACAGCCACAGUGCAUAUUUUGUUGGGGAAGAACAGAAUCUGAAUACAACAGAAUCUUUAUAAUAUUUAUAUAAUGUUCACUCUAAUAUAUAUAUAUAUAUAUAUAUAUAUAUAUAUAAAGGUUCCAAAACGAGGGUUUGAAAGCAAUGCCAUAGAUUAACCAUUUUCAGAAAACCAUUUAAUAUUGUAAAGAACCUUUUUUCCUCUACAAAGAACCUUUUGUGGAAUGAGGAGUUUCCAUGAAUUCCAGGUUCUUCAUGGAACUGUACUUGCUGUAAAAAAUCUUUAUUUUUAUAUGAACAUUGUCCAUGCAGACAUCUUUGUGCGUUUUCAUCUGGAAGACGCUAUUUUUAGAAUGCUUGCUCAUUUGCAAUACACUGAUUAAUUAUGAUUGAGAAUGUAAGUGAAUCUGCUUUUGUUAUCAAGUUAAUCAGAUGUUUGUUCACAAUAAUUUGAAUAAAAUGCUUUCCAGUCAAAGAGCUCUUUAGCAGAUGUCUUGGAGAUGUACUGUAUGUGGUGGGAAACUACGUUGCUACAACCCAGAGGAAGAUUUUCCACCUCCAGUGUCACCUAGAUGUGACAAUAAGUUCACUGUUCAAGCAGAUAGUCAUAAAGGGGAAAAAUUACACUGCAAUGCAUUUCAUGGUUGAGAUGCACAGAUGAGAUUUACUCUGUGUUUUUGUGCAGAAAGAAAUCUUAAUUAAAAUAAUUUUUACUUCUUUUGUUUCAUAAGAACAAUUUAGAGGAACUAAAACUCAGGUACCCAGUACCCUGACUAAGACAUGCGUGUUGCUACACAUUACUAAACAUCUGUGUUCGAGAACCUACAUUUCCAGCCCUGUCAUAUUUCAGACAGCAGUUUUCAGUACACGGGAAAUGAUGAAAUGAACAGGGUGAACCAAAAAAGAGAAAACAAAGCACUCAGUGUCACAAAAAUGUUUACACAAUGACUGGGGUCAAUCUAAUUAAUCAGGUACCUUCACCCUAUAUGCUUCAAUCUUCAAUAAGGUGCAAAAGAUGUUUGCAUCAUAACAUUUGAUAAAAUCAAAUCAAUUCAAACUAUUUUGGGGGACAGUGCUGGCUCAGCAGUUAAGGCUCUGGGUUACUGACCAAGAAGGUCAGGGGUUCAAGCCCCAGCACCACCAAGAUACCACUGUUGGGCCCUUGAGCAAGGCCCUUGACCUUAUCUGCUCCAGCGGUGCUGUAUCAUGGCUGACCCUGCACUCUGACCCCAGCUUACCUGGGAUAUGUGGAAAAAAAGAAUUUCACUGUAUAUGUGCAAAUGUGUGAUAAAUAAAUAUAAUUACUAUUGCAGCUAUCAUUGUCAUUAUCCUCAUACUAUCAUUGAUGUUGUUUGAAAUUGAUUUAUUUGAAAUAAUAAUAAUAAAAAAAUAACAUUUAGUCAAUAUUUAUGCAUCCACAUGUUGUUCCAACCACUAAGCUGUUAAGCAUGAUAUCUGAACUGCAAUUAUUCUAUACAAAGAAAGUAGACAGUGAUUUAUACUUCCAAGCUCCAAAAAGGACAUAAAAGCACCACAUAUUGGGGUGAACUAUUGUUGUUGUACAGCCUUUUCUUUGUAUAAAAAACAAUGUUGGAUUGUUACAACCGAUUUACAUUUUUCAUAUUUUAAUGUCCACUAUGUAAUGUAACUAUCCUUAACAUACAACUUUUAAAUUAUUGAUCAGAUGUUGUCAUUUGGGUUUCUCAGAUUAAUCAAACAGUGAUAAAACUGUCUGAUUUUAUUAUUUUCCAUCAUAACUGUCAUCUUCUAUUCUUUGAAUUCAAUUUGCUUAUACUCUUCUGUGAUUUCAAAGCACUCGUAUUAAAAAUAUAUAUAUAUUUUCAGAACUAUGUGACCAGUUUUAAGCCAUUUUUACACCUUAAAAAGAGU